AUGAUCAUUGGCAAUCGUCGUUUGAAAUACAAGACAGGUGGUAAUCUCAAAAUGUUCUUACUCGCAGUGAUCGAUAAACUCUUGAAUCUCUUCACACUUGGUUUUUGGACCAUUUGUGGAAAAUCACAUGAAUUCUUUUACUCGCAAAUCGAUGCAAGAAUUUAUUGGGGCAAACCCAUUCAAAUUUCCAAAAAGAGAAAGAACUUGGGAGGUGAUUUGCAAGAUGCUCCACUCCUAUGGGAACACGAAUGUGAGAGAAAUGGCCAUCCCGGUUUGGGCACUAUUAAGAUUUAUAGUGUGUAUUUGGGUUUUGUCAAUGAGUUGAUUUACUUUGUGUUGAAUUGGUGUAAUAAGGCAUGCUUGGGUUUGUUACAACCUCAAAUUGAUGCCUUUUAUUACCCCAAAUACUUUUCCAAGAUUGAAUUGGGUCCUGGAAGAUUCUGUGUGGUCCAUCCUCAAAUGAUUUCACGGGAAAAGAUUUUUAAAACAUCAUGUCAGAAGAUUUAUCUUGUGUUAUGUGGAGGAUUGUUUGAGCUCAGAAAUUCGUAA